GAUUUCGUGAUAAUGACAUUGGUUGGUUUGGUUGUUCACGUUCUAUUUGCAUGGGCUGUCGUGAGUCGUCUCUCGAAUAGCUUUGCUUAGAAAAUAGUAACUUUAAUAGUAAUAUGUGACUAAUACGUGGUAAAAUAAUUAUAGCUUAGUAAACAUGUUGUCGAGAAGGUUGCCGCGUGUGGUUAAGUACGGACUUUAUGGCAGUGUAGCUAUUGGUGGUACAGUUACUGCUGCUGUGAAACUCAACGAUGGUGAUUACGAUUCAUUGGCAGUCGUCAGGCUAUCCAGGACAGCAUUCACAGCUGUGGAAAUUGGAAGAACGUACAAAUCCAUGUUAUACAGCAGGGAAUGGGAUAGAAGCUCGCAAGAAUAUUUGGAGGUCAAGAGUCAAGCUCAUCAAAUUGGGGCAGAGAAAUUGCUCGAGCUAUGUAAAGCUAACAAAGGCGUAUAUAUUAAAGUUGGACAGCAUGUAGGAGCAUUGGACUACUUGUUACCCAAUGAGUAUGUGAAAACAAUGAGAAUACUUCAUAAGGAUGCACCAAGAAACAGUGUUGAAGAGCUGUAUAAAGUUAUGAAAGAAGAUUUGAAACGAGAUCCCAAAGAUUUGUUUGAAGAAUUUGAGCCUGAACCUCUAGGCACAGCAUCAUUAGCACAAGUACAUAAAGCUAAGUUGAAAGAUGGCACAGAUGUUGCUGUAAAAGUUCAACAUUAUUUUGUAAGAGAUAAUGUCAAAAUGGACCUAAAAUGGAUGGAAUUCAUAAUAACAACCAUGUCUAAGGUGUUCCCUGAUUUUGAAUUACAAUGGCUUAUUGAUGAAACCAAAAAGAAUAUUGCAAAAGAGUUGGAUUUCCUUCAAGAAGGUCGAAAUGCUGAAAGAGUUGCCGUUUUAUUUAAAAAUUAUAAUUGGUUGAAGGUACCAAAGAUUUUUUGGGAAUACAGUACUGAGAGGGUUCUUGUAAUGGAGUAUGUGAGUGGUGGCCAGGUGAAUGAUCUAAAAUAUAUUGAUGAACAUAAAAUCAACAGAUUUGAUCUAUGUAGGAAGUUGGGUGACCUGUAUUCGCACAUGAUAUUCGUCAGUGGCUUCGUACACAGUGACCCUCAUCCAGGCAAUAUACUUGUGAAGAGGGAUCCGAAAGACAAGGAUGUCACCGUCUAUUUGUUGGACCACGGUUUGUAUGCUCAACUAUCAGAAAAGUUUAGGUAUCAUUAUUCAAAGUUAUGGUUAUCGAUCAUCGACCGCAACCGUGAUCAGAUGCGGGUUCACGCGGAAGAGUUGGGGAUUCGAAAGGAGUUAUAUGGAUUGUUCGCGUGUAUGGUCACUGGGAGACCUUGGGACUCCAUCAUGAAAGGCAUUGGGCGGACGAGACCAACGUCUGAUGAGAAAUCAACAUUCCAAAAUGAGUUACCAAACAUUUUGCACUAUGUUACACAAUGUUUAGAGCACGUCGAUAGACAGGCGCUACUAGUGUUGAAAACGAACGAUCUUAUCCGUAGUAUAGAAUACGCACUCGGCAUGCAGGACCGAAUGUGUGGCUUCGUGGUCAUGAGCCAAUGUUGUGUACAGAGUGUGUACAACCUCGAGCAUAAAAAUACAUCAUCUGUAUUUAAGAAAUCGUUAUUAAACCUCAAAUUUGGCUGGUCAUUGUUGUUGUUAUAUUUCUACAGUUUUUAUUUAAAAGUACAUUUUAUGGUAAAUAAAUAGUAGCAAAUAUUAGUUUAAUUGGGAAAGGUAAGGCAUGCUUAAGUCUGAAUAAAAUCAAAGAAGCUUUGGAUAUGUGUAGGCAGAUAUGUAGGACAUGUGCGCUUGUAAGAAACGAAUAUAAUGCAAGAGUGGACAGAACAAAUAGUUUAAUAGAUGUACGUAAUUUCACUAGGAAAAUGAGCUUUAUCUACUGCAAUACUCAAGAUAAAAUAUUUUUAUACCUCUAGCUAGGUCCAAAAACAAAUCAACUGCAGCCUGUGCAGCUCUUUAGAUAGUAAAUUCCUAAUAUUAUUGAAGCUUAAUAUGUUACAUGUAGAUAUUUAACAAUAGCUCUGAAAACCGUCCGUCUUUGAUUACGAAUAUAUAGAUUAAUAAAUUAGAUGGACAUAAAUAAAAAUGUAGAACAGAACCUUUUUCUUUUCCAAUUUUAGAUCGGACACACAGUUUUUAAAUUUAAAUGCACAAUAAAAUAAUUAAUACAUGUUCGUACAAAACUGAAUACCUAGUUAUAAAGUUAUUCUAUUGGUUGUGAAUCAGUUGCUUGCUCAUGUUUUGAAUGGAAUUUGUACCAGGCUUCAAAGUUGUUUUAUUGUUGUACCACGGGGUAGGCAAACAGGUUAAUAUUCGGUUUGGUUACAAAGGUGAUGUUCACUAGUAACAUAAUAGUUACACUAGUCCACAUAAUAUACCUCUAUUGUAUUAUUCUUGUACAUAGCAACAGUGUUAGGACUGACAUUAAUUGUAAAUAAUAAUCAAAAUAGUAUCAUACUUUUAUACCAUGUUUAAUGUUA